AUGGCGCAGGCGUCGAUCACCGCCGACGAGGUCGCGGCGCGCUACGAGAAGUCCGUGAGCGAUCCCGGCGCCUUCUGGGCCGAGGAGGCGAGCCGCUACCACUGGGAGACGCCCUUCGACGCGUCCAACGUCUUCUCCGCGAACUUCAAGCGCUCCGAGGGCGAGAUCUACGCCAAGUGGUUCGACGGCGGGACGACGAACCUCUGCUACAACGCGCUCGACCGCCAGGUCGCCGCGGGCCUCGGGGACAAGCGUGGAUGCUUUUUCCGGAACGCGCGCGCGCGGAACACUCACAUUGAAGCGACGUUGAAUCUCUCUUUUGCUGCCCAGGCGCUCGAAGAAGUAACCAAGCUCGCGGCCGCGCUCCGCGCGCGCGGCGUCGGCAAGGGCGAUAGGGUGAUCCUCUUCAUGCCCAUGGUGCCCGAGCUCGCGCUGGCCAUGCUCGCCUGCGCGCGGAUCGGCGCCGUGCACACCGUCGUCUUCGGCGGCUUCUCGAAGGAUUCGCUCGCCGCGCGCAUCUCCUCGUCCGGCGCCAAGGCCGUCGUCGCCGCGGACGGCGUGCGCCGCGGCAAGAAGGUCGUGGACCUCUGGUCCAUCGUCGUCGACGCGCUGGCCAUCGCCAAGGCCGACGGCCAGGACGUCGCGGGCGGCUCGAUCGUCCUCCGGCGGUUGGACGACGACGCGUACCCCGCGCCCGCGCUGGCGGCGAACCAGGCCUGGUGGCACGACGCCCUCGCCGCCGCGGACCCGGAACAGGGCGGCGUCGAGUGGAUGGCCGCCGAGGACCCGCUCUUCAUCCUCUACACGUCCGGCUCGACGGGCGCGCCGAAAGGCAUCGUCCACACGACGGGCGGCUACAUGGUCGGCGCGGGCUUCUCCUUCCGGUCCGUCUUCGACGCGCCCGUGCGCGACGACGACGUCUGGUUCUGCACGGCGGACUGCGGGUGGAUCACGGGCCACACGUACGUCGCCUACGGGCCCCUGCUCAACGGCGCGACGCAGGUCAUCUUCGAGGGCGUGCCGUCCUGGCCCGACGCGGGCCGCCUCUGGCGCGUCGUCGACGACCACAAGGUCACGCACGUCUACACGGCGCCGACGGCCAUCCGCGCGCUCAUGCGGUCCGGCGACGACCCCGUCAAAGCGACGUCGCGAAAAUCGCUCAAGGUGCUGGGCUCCGUGGGCGAGCCCAUCAACCCGGAGGCCUGGAAGUGGUACCGCGAGGUCGUCGGCGAGGACCGGUGCCCCAUCGCCGACACGUGGUGGUGGCAGACGGAGACGGGCGCGAUCAUGAUCGCGCCGUCGCUCGCGGCGGGCGCCGCGCCGCACAAGCCCGGCGCGGCGCAGACGCCCUGCGCGGGCGUCGUGCCCGUGUUGCUCGACGGGACGACGGGAUCGGAGAUCCCCGCCGUCGCCGGCGAGGAGGCCUCGGGGCUCCUGGCCAUCGGCGCGCCGUGGCCGUCGAUGGCGCGCACGUGCUGGGGCGACCACGAGCGCUUCGAGCAGACCUACUUCUCCUACGACGGCUACUACCUCACGGGCGACGGCGCGCGCCGCGACGCCGACGGCGCCUUCUGGAUCACGGGCCGCGUCGACGACGUCGUCGUCUUCUCCGGCCACAACAUCGGCACGGCCGAGGUCGAGUCCGCGCUCGUCGCGCACCCGGCCGUCGCCGAGGCGGCCAUCGUCGGCAUCCCCAACGACCUCAAGGGCAACUCGCUCUACGCCUUCGUCACGCUCACGGAGGCCGGCGAGGCCGACGCGGGCGACGAUUUGGUGACGGAGCUCAAGCUGCGCGCCAAGUCGGACGUCGCGGCCUUCGCGGCGCCCGACGCCAUCCACUGGGCCCCGGGCCUCCCGAAGACGCGCAGCGGCAAGAUCAUGCGCCGCAUCCUCCGCAAGAUCGCCGCCGACGGCGUCGAAGUCGACCGCGAGGGCCUCGGCGACACGUCCACGCUCGCGGACCCGAGCAUCGUCGACGACCUCAUCAACUCCCACGCGACGGCCGCGGCGUAGGCGCGCGCGCGGCUGAACAUGAGUCGCCUCUUGAGAGCGGCGAGAGU